AACAAACAUGGAAGCCUCCGAGUGCUGCACACUGUACGAAGGUUGAUGAUAACUUGAAAGGUUGUCUCCAGACAUACUGUGAACAUGCUCAGCCUGACACUGAGGGAGGUGUCCUUGGCACUCCGGGAGGGAAGGAUCUCCCCAACAGAGCUUUGUAAGAAAUGUCUUAAUCGCAUCAAGAAAACACAGCAUCUAAAUGCUUACCUCACUGUGACAGAAGAGCUGGCCCUGAAGCAGGCACAAGAAGCAGAAACUAGACUGCUGCAGGGUGCUCCCAAAGGUCCUCUGGAUGGAAUCCCCUUUGCGGUCAAGGACAACUUCUGUACAGAGAAUAUCAAGACCACAUGUGCUUCCAGGAUGCUCAAAGACUACAAUCCACCAUACAAUGCUACAGUGGUCCAGAAGCUCCUUGACCAAGGGGCUGUUCUCAUGGGGAAGACCAACAUGGAUGAGUUUGCUAUGGGGUCGGGCAGUACGGACGGGGCUUUCGGUCCAGUGAGGAACCCCUGGAGCUACGCUGCUUCCUACAGAGAGCAGACUGGGGCGGUGCCAGACUCUGACUGGGUCAUCUCUGGAGGAAGUUCAGGAGGAAGCGCUGCAGCUGUGGCCUCACUCACCAGCUACCUGGCUUUAGGUUCGGACACAGGUGGUUCCACCCGUAACCCGGCAGCACUGUGUGGUGUUGUGGCCCUGAAGCCCACCUAUGGCCUGCUAUCCAGGCACGGUCUCAUACCUCUGGUCAACUCCAUGGACGUCCCUGGCAUCAUGACCCGCAGUGCUAGUGAUGCAGCCAUCGUCUUAGGUAUUCUACAAGGCCUGGAUGUGAGAGACUCAACAACAGUCCCAGCCCCCUCAUCACCAACAGAACUGCCUGAAGACUUUGACGUCAAAAAUAUCUGUGUAGGCAUUCCGAAGGAGUACCACGCCCCGGGUCUGUCGGAGGAGACUCUAGCGCAGUGGAGUCGUGUCGCUGACAUGUUCGAGAGGGCGGGGGCGCACGUGAAGCAAGUCUCCCUCCCCCACACCCAGCACUCGAUUGUGUGUUACCACGUCCUGUGCCACGCCGAGGUUGCAUCUAACAUGGCCCGUUUUGACGGCCUAGAAUACGGCCACCGUAGCAAGGUGGACAGCUCAACGGAGGCCAUGUACGCCUCAACCCGACAUGAGGGCUUCAAUGACGUGGUGAGAGGGAGGAUACUGUCUGGCAACUACUUCCUGCUCAAACAAAACUACGAGCACUACUUUUUGAAAGCCCAGAAGGUUCGCCGGCUGAUCGCGGACGAUUUCAAACAUGUGUUCAGCUCAGGUGUUGACGUGCUGCUGACACCAAGCACUCUCACUGAUGCCGCGCGGUACUCCGACUUCAGACAGGAAGACAACCGAACACGCAGCGCGCAGGAAGAUGUCUUCACUCAGCCUGUCAACAUGGCAGGUCUCCCGGCUGUUUCAGUGCCAACCGCUUUAUCAAGACGAGGCCUUCCCAUUGGCUUACAGCUCAUAGGCCCAGCCCUCCAAGACAAGAAGCUGCUUAGUGUUGCCCAGUGGAUCGAGCAGAGGGUUGGGUUUCCCUCCAUCAGUGACUUUGGAGACUCCAGUGAGAGCAGGAAUGAGACGGGUGUGACCAAAAGGGAGCAGAUUUCAGCUGUAUGAAGAGAACCGUGGACACUGUUCACAGAAUCACACUAAAUACAAGCACACAUUGUGGACUUAAGAUGGACUUUCUUUGCUUGUAAGAUGCCAUUUCUGGACUUUUUCAUUGGAAUUAUGUACAUCACUCACAUGAUAGCUUUAAGCAUCUGUAAUGGAAUGAAACACAAUUAUAAGAAGUGUCAAACUGUCUUACAAUAUGCAUCAUGUUUGAGUGGAGAAACGUGUUUUUCAGCCUGUGACAUGCUGCUGUAUUUGUGCUGUUAAAUAAAUGCAAGACAGGUGGAUUAUCUUGA